AUGGCGCUGCGCUCACAGGCAUGGCGGGGUGCUGCCUGGUUUCGUGCUCGCCCAUGUGUUGUGGCGCUCGCAGACGUCGCACCUGUCGCGGCGCCAAGCUCGCAGCCUGGCGGGCGCACGCCGCGGCCGACGUUCCCGUUACUUUCGCGCCCGACACCCCGACACCCCCUGGGUAACGGCCGUUCCCCAGCCCCCAGACGUCGUGCUUUUUUCGCGACGUUUCUUCAAGAGCUACCCGAGAAUAGGAGCAAGCCGAGCGCAGGGGCCCCUGGCGCCCGGCGGCCCUGCUCCAAGGGCAGCACGAGCCCUGCGAAGAGCUUCGAAGGCCCGCCACUGCCCGCGGGCCUGCCCGCGCCCGCGGCAGCCCAGGGAGUGAGUCUGCCGGCAGCGGGGGAGCUGCCGCAGAUCGAGGAAGACCCCCGCGGCGAGGAGCACGGCGAGCUGCGUGGCGCCGCGGCCGCGGCGCUCUGCCGGAUCCUGGCGCAGGCGCUGCGCAAGGGCGCGCUGGCGCUGGAGCCCGCGCCGGAGGAGGCGCAGGACGAGCUGCUCAGGAGCCUGGAGGCGCUGCUGUGCGCGCCGCAGGAGGAGACGCGCGCCCGGGUCUGCGAGGGCCUGUUGUCGAUCCUGCAGGCGUCCGGCCAGGAGCUCUACCCCGCCGCCUGGGGCACCAUCAUCCGCCUCGUGGCCACGGGCGCGCGCGUGGAGUUGGAACGGGUGGGUGUGCAGUUCUUCCUGCCCACGGCCCUCGACCCACUGGCUGCCGCCGCCGAGGACGGCGCGGACGGCUCGGCGGUGCAGCACCAGAGCUUCGUGGUCGUGGCAGCGGAGGGCCGCGAAUCGUCCACGGUCCUGCCGCAGCUCUUCCAGCUGCUCGAGCUGCUGGUGCACGACUUCAUGGAGCACGUGCCGCUGGCCGCGGUGCCCCGGCUGACGGGCUCCAUCGGCGCCUUCGCGCGCUUCGGGGGCCUGGGCGUGAACAGCUCGCUGACGGCCGUCGGCUUCCUCUGGAAGGUGGCCGACUUCUUGGCCGGCCCGGUCGGCGUGGCAGCUGCCGGG